AUGUUGAUAGCUUAUGGCGAUCGGCAGAAGCGGUUAUUACAAAACUUUGGAAAAGCGGACAAAACGACAGAUGAGUUGUUCGAAGUCUAUCAAAACAAUUUCAAUAAACAGCAAAACACAGCCAAUCGGCUCCAGAAGGAGCUGAAGAACUAUUAUAAUUGCAGUCGAGAAAUGCAAACGGCCUCCAAGUCGUUGAUGGAAUGCGUGCAAGAGAUCUAUGAACAAGAAUGGCCCGGACACGACCAGAUCCAUCUCAAGGGACAGACACUGGAACUGUUAUGGGGAGACCUGUGCCACAAAAUCAAUGAUCAAUGCACUAUACCCUUAAGCACUUACUUAAGCCAAUUCUCUGAAAUUCGGAACAAAAUCGCUAAAAGAGGCCGAAAACUGGUGGACUAUGACGGCUGUCGGCAUACCGUCGAAGCCGUGGAGUCGACGUCCAAAAAGAGGGAUGACAUCAAAGUGGCGAAGGCUAGGGAACAGAUGGAAGAGGCCAGACGUCUGUACGAAGUACUCAAUAAGGAACUGCAUGAAGAACUGCCCGCCCUUUACGACAGCAGAAUACCAUUUCUCGUCUCUAAUCUUCAGACAUUAUUUUCGGCCGAAAACACAUUUCACAGCGAAUAUUCCAAAGUGUCGGCUCAGUUCUGCGAUCUCGUCGACCUUUUGGCCUCCGAAGCAGCCAAAGGCUCCUAUCAUACCAAUGGACGCCAUAUUAUGGCCUCUUUGCCGAACACCACUCUUUCUGUUGACACAAACGCCGUUAAGCCCUACGAAGAGAUAGAUUUUAAGCCAACAAAUCGCGAAAUCAAAUCAAAUCAAGAUUUGCAAAGGAUUUCGGUAACCAAUGGAGUGACCGCUACUUCACAUACCGGAGACACCGUUCGGGUCGACAAUACAUCUAUUGAUACGAAUGAAUCGCUCAAUAAAAUUGAAAAUAACUCAAUCUAUCCAUCUAUCGAUUCGACUCAUAUCACAGAUUCUCAUAAACCGGAAAUAAUACAUGAAUUGAAUGAAAAGGAUAAAGCAGAAGAACUCUAUGAUAUUCCUAUCGGCGCCACGACAACUGAUUUACCCCCAGGAAUCCUAUAUAAGGUUCGGUCGACAUUCAAAUACGCGGCGGUCGAUGAGGACGAGCUAUCGUUUGAAACGGGAGAAGUGAUUGAUGUGAUUGACUACGAAGACCCCGAAGAACAGGAAGAGGGAUGGCUUAUGGGUGUUCGCGAACUGAAUGGCGAGAGGGGUCUCUUCCCGGCCAACUUCACGCGUCCCAUUUAGCGCACACUAAAUACCCGUUUAAUAGUAUUGUUCUUAUCUAUAGUUUUAAUAUUCUGUGAAUCAUAAAUGCAAAGCAAUUAAGAUUUAAGUCAAACAAUAGGAUCGAGUGGUUCGAGCGCUGCAAUCAAUUGAACACAAGUGCAAAUAUUAUGUCGAAACAAAACGUUAUUUUGUUUUUUUUUGUUUUAUAUUUUAUUUCUGUGCCAUUUCUCAGUUGAAUAUAUUUUAUUGCAAUACUUUUUAAUAUAAUUUUAAACAAUUUUAAAUUCUGAAAAAUAUGUAUCAAAAUUUUGCCGAU